AUGGCUGCUUUAGAGCGACAAUUUACCAAACUUUCACUUCUAGAAGAGGAACUUGGGGCUUUAGUGGAGGAUUUCCACACACUGAAACAGGUAGGAGACGCCCCUGUUCUCAAUUCCAAUGAUGAUCUUGUGUUAACGCUUAGUAAACUUGCAAACUUGAUCAAAUACAUGGAAUUGCUUCUGGUCGAAAAGAUAGACUCUAGCGGAGUGGGGCCGGAAGUCGAUCGAUUUCGAGAAGGUCUGGAGUUCUAUAAUAAACAUCUAAACUCCAUCAAGGAGGAUCUUCCGAAGGACACCAAUUUCGAGAUUAGAACGAUACGGCUUGACGAAGCCGUUAACAGACCCAGACCAAAGAUAAAGAAGUCCAAGUCUGUGAGAUUCAAGGAGAACCUAAUAGAUCCAUCAGAAUCACAAAAACGGGCGCAAGCUACAUCAUCGCUGACUUAUAACGACGAGCCUAGUAGAGACGUACUUUUCGAAACGAACAACGUAUACAAGGACGACAACGGGAGUACGAUAGAUCCUAUGCGAAUGUCAAACAAACAAAUAUUUAUGGAAAAUCAGCAAGAAAUAAUAAAUCAAGAUGAAAUCAUCAAUUCAUUAUCGCAAUCGGUCAAUAGACAACACGAGAUGUCCUUGCAGAUUGGAGAUGAGGUAGGCAAUCACAUGGUGUUACUUGAUGAUUUAGAGUCAGGGAUAUCAAGGGCAAAUGCAAAAAUCAUUCGAGGACGGACGAACAUAGACAGAUUCAGGCAGAAAUUGAAAGAGCAUGGCGACUGGUUCACGAUAUUCGUGCUUGUGAUUAUCAUGUUUAUCCUGCUUGUUGUCUUGAAGUGA